AUGUCCUUUCGCAAGCGAGGCGUUGUGCUGGGCAACCCCCGAACUCCAGCAGUCGCCAAAGUAGAAAAGUCACUUCCACCAGGUACUCGUCCGUCGCCGCACGACGGGCGCCUCACCACCUCGUCCGGCACGCAGUCGCUGGAUCAGCUGCUCGCGGGCCAUGCCGGCCUGCCCAUGGGCACCUCGCUUCUCAUCGAAGAAAGUGGCACAACCGAUUUCGGCGGCAUGUUGCUGCGCUAUUAUGCUGCCGAGGGCCUGGUUCAAGGUCAUCAUGUUCACGUUCUCGGUUUCGACGAUUCAUGGCGUCGAGAGCUGCCUGGCUUGGGUACUGAUGGCAAAGAAAAGACUGCCAAGGCCGAAUCAUCGUCGGACAGCAAAAUGAAGAUUGCCUGGCGGUACGAGGCUUUAGGAAAUAGAGUCUCGCCAUCUAGAGACCCUACGCAAACUCCUUCACCCCAACAAAGUACAGCUGCUGCCUUCUGCCAUACAUUUAAUCUCACAAAGAAGCUGGAGAGCAGUGAUGUCAAGGGACAACUCUUUGGAUUCCCAAUUGUGAAUGCAUUUUCACCACCGUCCUCGUUUUUUCGAGACUUUCUCGCGUCCGUCGCCGCGAAAUUGACCAGCUCGCCGCCCUCUACAAUCCAUAGGGUAGUGGUCCCCAGCCUCUUGUCGCCAACUCUGUACCCGUCCUACGCGUGCAAUCCGGAACAAGUGUUGCGAUUCCUCCACCGUCUCCGCGCUCUUCUGCGCCAGCACCACACGCGGCUGACCGCUGUCGCCACGCUGCCCAUCUCGCUGCAUCCCAGAGCCAACGGCCUGACCCGGUGGGCCGAGCAUCUCUGCGACGGCGUGCUCGAAUUGGUUCCACUCGGCCACCAAAUACAAGUCAGCCGCGACCCGACCAGCGAAGACAAGGCGCAGGGUCUCGUGCGCGUGCAUAGUCUGCCCAUCUUCCACGAACGGGGAGGCGGCCUGGACGAAGGCUGGCGGCGCGAGGACCUGUCGUUCAAGCUCAGCGCUUCCACCGGCCUCAGCAUCACUCCAUACAGCCUACCGCCUGUGGGAGAGGACGAAGAGCAAGGCAAAGAAAACACCGAAGCUGAGAAGAAGAAAAAGUCUCUUGAAUUCUAA